GCCUCUGAAGUCCUGCCGAAAGGAAGGGGGGAAAGCUGCUCGUGACUGAUAAAGUGCAUUUCAUAAAUUCCACUGAGCAAAAAACACCUCUUAAGUGUUCUGUUGGGUAGCCAGGAGAUACACAAGAUGGAAAUGAAACAGCUGAUUCAGGAGGCAAGUACUGCCUAAGUGUGUUAUUUCCGUGAAGUGCAAAACGCUGGUGGUUGCAGUGCCAGAGUUCUGUGGCUGGUCUUGUUUUUCAAAAAGUAUUUGGUUUGAAGAGGCUUAAUCACAAGAGCAUUGGCCAGUCAUUGAGAUGUUGCCAUUUGUUGACCAAUGGCUGCUGCAAUUCUGCACUUCAAAGCCACAGCUGAAACAGUUCUUCAGAUGAGAAGAUAUUUCUGCCUUUAUAUUAGAAAGUGGGAAAUGGCACCACAUUGUUGCAAAGUUAGUGAUGUAGUUCUAAUAAGAGAAGUAGAUGGCAGUGAGGCAACAAAACCCAACUUGAGUUAAAAACCGGUACCAUUAAUUGCAUCUUGCUGAAGCAAAAUACAAUGCUGAAGAAUGUAACGUAUCCAACUGCUUAUUAUUAUUGCAUACCUUCUGAUAUAUCACAGGAGCUUAGUGAUGUUAACCCAGAAGCAACAUCAAAGUGAACACUUUGGAGCUAUAUUCAGGUUUCAGCUGUGAAUGUCUUCUGCAUCUCUGUCUGUGCUUGGCCUUCCUUUCUCGAAAUGCCUACAUCGUUAUCUUGACCUUAAGUUUGGUGACUCAAGCCAAGGGUUCCCAACUUUGGGUUCCCAGGUGUUCCUGGACUACAACUCCCAUCAUAGCCAAAGACCAUUGUGGCUGGGGAUGGUGGGAGUUGUAAUCCAGUAACAUCUGGAUACCUAAUGUUAGGAACCCCCAGCUUGAGUGAAUCAGCAGAUGAGGACAAUUAUUGCUUUGCAAGUUUGGUUUAGUGGUUUUGAAAACAAAGGUGCUGUUGGAGCAUAGUAGAGAGAAAUAAAGGCAACAUUGACAGUUUGUCAAUCUUGCCUCCUUUUCAGUUGUAUAAGGAAAGAUCUACCUCAUAUUUGCAUACUCAGGAAGCCAAAACUUACUGGCAUCUUUAACAUUAGGGAAAUCAGCAAGGAAAUGCCAGUUGGAAUAUUUUGCCAAUUGAACAGUCAAGGCUGGCUCACCCAUAGUGCUGAGUUAUGGUUUGGAAUUCCGUGAACAAGUCUUGUGUUUGUAUGCUCCUUCCUCCUUUUGUACUCUUCACCUUCAUUAGUUAGUUCUGCUUCCAUGGAAUCUACUGUUAAUCUGAAUUGGCAAACUAGAAUUCGUAAACCAGGAUUGCAAAUCCUGGUUUGGAGGCAUAGCUUUCUGGUUCAGAUGUAACUGUGGACGGGCUUCUGUGCAAAUAAAAGAUACUCACCAAAGCACAACCACAGGGUUUAUCCAUCUAAAUCCAAACCAUGGUUUUACCACUACAUGUGCCUGAUUGAAGGCUGUUACUUCUUUACAGAUAAUAAGAUCCAUUUUGAUCAGCCUAAAUACUAAUGAGAGAGAAUUUCUCCAUUUUCUGGAAAGUUGAACUGUUGACUCCAUGUACCAUCUGUUGAUGUAAAGGAGUGGCUCCAUUAAGAGUGGCUGCAAAAUUAUCCUGCAUUCAUGCACUUUGUGAAUCUGUGCAAUACUUUAGUCUAAACUGGACAACGAGCUGGGUGGUUUCUUUCUAAGAUAUAAUCCACCAGGAAGUUUUCCCAGGGAAGCUACGUCAAAGUGCAUUUGGUGCUGAACACAAGAAGCAGCAUGAAUUGCCUGGAUGACGUGCCAUUCAGAAUGACUGCAAGUUUUGUAGAAGAUCCUGUGGAUGAGGCAAACUUUGUGCAUGCGCCUGAGAUUGAAAUGCCCGACUGUGAAGAGAUCUUGAUGUGUGCAAUGCAUGAUUUCUCCCUGGAGAAGAAGGUCCUGUAUUGGAUCGACUCUGCCUCUCGACAAGACACUCCCUGGUUCGAAGUGACCACCGAGAUCGUCCCCACGGCUCCACCUUGCUGGCUUCUCUUGGUGGACUCGAAAGAAAAUGUGGCUGCCGGCCAAGAGGCCCCUGGCGACAAGACCAAAGUCGUGACCCCCGUGCGGAGAUGUGUGAGCCUCAGCACCGCUGUGGGGAAGUUCAGUUGCGCCAAGAACAAAGGUCGGCUGAUCAGCGAGGAAAACAGGGGCCAGUGCUCUGAAGAGGAGGAGGAGAGCUCCGGCGGCGAGGAGAUUUCCACGGCCACCUCUGCCGAAAGCGAUGGAGAAGAACGGCCCGCCUCCUACCCCAAGCACAUCCCCAGCACCUUGCCACGGUUCCAGAGUCUUCCCCAGUGUAGACCAAAGACUUCGCCAGUGCUGCUGCUGGAUGCCCCUUCGGAGAGCAGCUGCCCCAAGCCAGCUCUGCUCAAGCAAAGGCGGUCCAUGCUUCUCUUUGACAACGUGAAGAAUGAGCUGGAAGGUGCCAAGAAAAGGCUCUCGGCGUUCAUGCACCCCGUGAACCAGGCGUCGGCGGAAUCCAGCUUGGCUUCCCGAGCUUUCUCCCUCCACCAGCGCUCCCGCAGCAGCAAGACCCUGCGAUACGGCCUGACCUCAGACGUGUCCCUGGUGGAGACGCUAAUCCCCACACCACCACCUGCCCGCUGUCGUAACCCAAGGCCACUCACCGCCGCAGGAUUCGUCCCUCCAAUCCAAAAGCACAAGCCCACCGUUGCCUCUCUCAGCCCUUAUUCCUGCCUCCCGCCCCCUCCAGGGACCCAGCGACCUUUCGGUUCCCACAGAACUCCUCCUGACUCGACGGCCGACCUGCUCUCCGCGCUCAGCCAAGAGGAGCGUGACCUCAUUGAGCCAGUUUUAGCCCUGGGUUAUCCGAUACGCCGGGCUAUCCUUGCUCUGCAGAAGACAGGGAGGCAGAGUUUGGGACAGUUUCUCAGUUACCUGAGUGCCUGCGACAAGCUGCUGAAACAGGGUUACGAGGAGGCCCAAGUGGAGGAAGCCAUGGAGAUGUUCCAGAACUCCGAGAGGAAGGCUGCGGAAUUUCUCCAUCUCUUAGCGCAGUUCCACGACAUGGGAUUCCAGCAAGCUGAAAUCAAGGAAGUCCUCCUGCUCUGCGAGAACCACAGAGAUAAGGCGCUUGAGGAACUCAUCACACGAACCCAGUGAGCAGACUGCUGGUCGCAAAGCGGCCUCUUUUCACUUCUAUGAAGGGGCACAACACACCACAGGCCACUGACAUGGAAGGAUGCUAGAUGGACCAGCCAGAGACUAAGUCCGUCUGGUCCAACCUUCAGUCCCCAAGACCCCACCAGUCAGAUACCACUGAAAGAGCAGGAAAAUUUCAGCCAUCCUGGUUUUUCCUUUUUUCCUCAGCAGCUGGUGCCCUAAGGUAUACUGCCUUUGAGCAUGGAGGUUCCAUUUAAUUAUCACCCUUAACAAUGAGAGGCUCCUCCGCUACUUGACCUAAUCUACUUGACCUUUUUUAAAAAUUUAUAAGCUGACUAAGCAAGUGACAGUCCCUACAUCUUGUGGCAAGAAACGAUAGCAGGUACCAGGCGCAUCCCUGCCUGCGCUCUCACAUACGCAAGCCUGGAAAUUCAGUGCGCACACAAGCUCCAUCAGCUGCUCCACAUCUUCCAUCUGUUUGCAAAUAUAUGUGCUGCAGCACCGGCAAACGGAGCCAUCCACAUUUCCUUGCACCUUGGCAGCUCCGAUAACGCACACCAUCAGGCUGGAUUUAGGGUCUAAAAUAUUCUGUUUUGUCCGUUCCAGCUUUAUAGGCCACGUCCUGACUUAUUGGCAUUGGGAGUUGGAUUCUUUCCCUGUAACUGCUCCCCUGAAUGACCAUAUUCUGCUUUCCCCCUUCAUAUACAAGUAGAGCUGGGGGGGGGGCAGCGCUGAAACCUCUCUCUCCCCCACCCCGCCCACCAGUCACCACCCCAUGGAAUGCACAUCUCUACCUGAUGAAUGGCCAGCCUGCAAGCAGAGAGAGGAGCAAGCUUUGGCAUCCCCCUGGCUCAUUAGGACCAGCGGUUCCUGGCACACACCCCCCCCCCAAAUGCCAGUAUUUCCCAUGCUCUGCUUUCAGCUUCAUGUUUUCCUGUGUUUCUCCAGUAAUAACUCAGCAUCUGACAACAUGGGUGGUUGUUGCCACCCACAAAAGUUUCUGCAAUAUU